AUCAUAUUUUUUAUCCGUUUGCAGGUUCAGCUAUUAAAUGUUUUGUCUGCAACAGUCAUAAAGAUGCAAAUUGUGCAUUAGACAUGCCACCCGAUAGUCUACUCAAAGACUGUCAAGAGGAUUAUUCAUCACGGGGUCGUGGCAUCUCAACAUAUUGUCGUAAAAUCACACAAAUUAUUGAGUUUUCAGUAAACAAUUUACCCCCCGAUAGCCGUGUCAUACGUACCUGUGGUUUCCAAAAUCAAACUACCAACAACUUCUGCUAUCAACGCGCUGGCUUUGGUGGCCGUCAAGUUGUCUGCUCCUGUGAUACCGAUAAUUGUAAUGCUGCCUCCGGUCUGGGCGUGUCAUCGGUAGCCAUGGCUACAUCAUUAUUUGCUGCUGUAGCUUUAUUGCUGAAAAAAUUUGUUUAAUUUCGUUUUUAUUUGAAAUUUUCAUAAAUAUUAAUUUUAAAUUUAAUUAGUGAUUUUUAUAAUUGUUAUGAUUUUGUUUUUUUCUAACAUUAUUAUAAUUUGUUGAACAAGUUUUCCUCCCCUCCUCAGCGUUAGUUUUAAGUUUUAUUUUCUAAACAAUUGUUCAGAAUUCCAUGGGAUUUUACAUAAAGCUAAAAGGUGAGAAAUUUCUUUAAAUCUACCUGUAGGCAGAGAUUUUACUGUGUAAUUUUGAAUUAAUGUAAUUUUAGUAAAAAUGAUUUAUUAAUAAUACACUGAAAGAAAGUUUUUAGACUUAUAUUACAAGGUUUCAUUAUUCCUUUGAAAAUUUCAAAAAAUUUAAUACAAAACCGAAAAUUUUUGACAUACAUAUUUUCUUUUAGUGUAUUUAUUUAAAACUUCUUCUUCUCCUGCUCCCAUUCUAAACUCAACAAAUAAGCUUUAAAUGGAAUAUUUUAAUCAUAAAAGUUUUAUUACUGAAGAAAAAUUUAAAUAAAUAAUAAUGUGCUAAACAAAAUGUAAAAUCCUACUUACAAAAUAACACAAUACGAAAAUAAAAAAACUUUAAUAAAUUUAACAUAAAAUACAAUAAAAAAAAAUAAAAUUAUAAAAAAAAAUCUCCCUGAAAGUAUUAAUGAAAAUAAUGUGCAAGAAAUUAAGUGAAAAAAAGUACGAAUAUAUUGUAGCCUACCGUUAAAUAUUUUUUGAAUUUAAGUAAAAAAAAAAAAAAACAUAAAAGAUUUUAUUUCCAAAAACCUACAAAUGAAACUUUUUAAAUUUGUUAUUAAUAUUAUAAGAAAACAAAAAAUUUUUUUAAAAAAUAAGUUUAAAAACCAAAGAAGAAAAAAACACAGCUAAUACCAAAAAAAAAAACUAGUUAAAAAGAAAUUAAAUGUUUAUUGAAAAAUACAAAACCAAAAACACAUUUAAUUUCAAUUAAAAAAAAAAAAACACUUUAGACUAGCUAUUAGAAGAAAUUAUUAAAAAAAAAAAUCAACUGCUUUUUAAAAAACUACAAAAUAUAUAUAAAAAUUAAAAAUAAUUUAGCAUAAAAAAAAAACAAAUGUUAAAAAAUACACACAAAACACACUUGGUAACACCUUCUGUAUUUAAUUAAAAUUAAGAAAAUUUUAUAAAAAUAAAUACGAAAAUUGAAAAUCAAAUAAAUUUAUAAAUAUAUAAAAAUCAUAAAGCAGUUACACACCCAAUCUUAUGAGAAAAAUAAAGAAAUCAACAAAAUAUUUAAAGUGUUGGCAAAUCUUUGGUCGUAUGUAUGUAUGUAUAUGACUCGAAUAGUUCGCUAUAGGGAAGAUCAUAUGAACAAAUUAAAUCUACAGCUGAUUUAUCAGAUUUUAUCUAAAAUGAAACGUAAAUAAUAAAGUUUUAGACCAGUUUAUAGUCUAGUCUGUAAUAAUGGCUAUAGUUUAGUCUGUUGACUGGUAUAUAGUGUUGUCUAUAGUUUAUUCUAUAGUCUAGUCUAUAGACUAGUCAUUCUUCUAGUCUAUAGACUAGUCAUUCAUCUAGUCUAUAGUCUAUCUUAUAAUGUAGUCUAAAGUAUAGUCUACUGCAUAGUCUAUAAUAUAGUCUAUUGUCUAGUCUAAGGACCAACCCAUAGUCUAGCUUAUAGUUUAGUCUAUAUACUAGUUUAUAGUUCAUUCUAUAGUCUAAUCUAUAGAGUAGAGUAUAGUUUAGUCACUAUACUAGAGUGUAGUCUAUCCUAUACUGUAGACUAUAGUCUAGUCUAAUGUAUAGUCUAUUGUAUAGUCUAACCCAUUGUCUAGUCUAUAGUUUAGUCUAUAUACUUUUCCAUAGUCUAGCAUAUAGUCAAGUCUAUAGUCUGGCCUAAAGUUUAUUAUAUAGUCUAGUCAAUAGUGUGGUCUAUAGUCUAGUCACUAUUCUAGUUUAUAGUCUCAUCUAAAGUGUAGACUCUUGUCUAGCCUACAGUGUUGUCUAUUGUCUAUUCUAUAGUCUAGCCAUAGCUUAGUGUAUAGUUAUAUACUAGUACUAGUCUACCCUAUAGUCCCGUAUAGUUAUAUAGUCUACCCUAUAGCCUAGUCUAUAGUCUAGCCCACAAUCUAGUCUAUAGUUUAGUCUAAUGCUAGUUUAUCAUAUAAUCUAUUAGAAGAGUGUACUCCAGAGUGUAGUCUAUAGAUUAGUUGCUAUUCUAGUCUAUAGUCUAGUCUAUAGCGUAGUAUAUUGUCUAGUCUAUAGUCUAGCCCAUAGUCUAGUCUAUAGUUUAGCCUAUAGUCUACCCUAUAAUCUAGUUCAUAUUCAAGGCUAGACUGUAGACCGAACUAUAGAAUAGGCUAUAGGCUAGAUUAUAGACCACACUUUAGGCUACACUAUCGACUAGAUUAUAGUUUAGACUAUAGCCUUAACUACAGCUUAAUAAGUAUAUAGUCUUGACAAGAGUCUAAUCUAUAUAGUCUUAACACAAGUCUUUUCUAUAAUAUUGACAAGAUUUUUGGCUAUAGUUUAGUCUAGUCUAUAGUCCUGACUUAUACUUAGACUUGACAAUAGUUUAGUCUAUAAUGUUGUUGCCUAUAGUUAAGACUGUAGUCAUGAAUCUAAACAAAAACCUGGUCUAUAAUUAAGCCUAGACAAAAUUGUUGACUAUAUUUAAGUCUACAGUCCUGACUAAACUUUGGUCUAUAGACAUAUGUUUUCAUUAACAGCGAAAAAUAUCCUAACUGUCAUAUUUUGCAUAAAUGACGCCACACUUUAAAUCUAAAAAAAAAACUGUCUAUAAAAAACCAAAACCUUGCACUUUACACACAUUCUUGUUGUAAUUGUUAAACCAAAAAAGAAACUCACUUUCAAUAUAAAUAGAAAAUCAUAUACUAAAAAUAAUAAAACAAUCGGCAGAAUGAACACAUUAAAAAUAUACAUACAUACAUACAAAUUUCAAACCAAAUUAAAAUUAUAAACGCCCCCCAAAUACACCCACACAUUCACUCGUUACUGACCAACUGCCAAUAAAAAAAAAACAAGAAAUUAUUAUAAAACUAAUAUGAAAGCAAAUAUAUUGUUAAAUAAAUAGUAAUAAAAAAAAAUCAACUGGAAAAUUACAUAACAGCUUAAAAACAGAGCUAAUAAAACACCCCACACAUUUUAUUAAAUCAAAGAAAAAGAAACAUUUUAAUAAUAUAGUUUCCUUAUAGAGCAUUUUUUUUUUCUUCAAAACAUCAUUACUUUUUUGCCCCCUUCCCUUCCCACUUUAAUCCUUAUAGUUCAUGGUAGUUUUUUGUCUUAAAAGAAAACGAAAUAUUAAUAAAUAAUGCUAAAACAAAAAUACAAAGAACUCUUAAUAAAAAAUGCUCAAAAGUUAAAAAAAAAACAAAAAAAA